AUGGUGGUCUCCUUCGCUGCCUGCUGGGUAGUGUCCGAGCACUUGCCUCAGUUUCCCAGCCUGAGGAGGAAGUGGAGAACAGCAUCCAAGGAGGAACGAACCCGGGACGCUGAGGAGAUCUGGGUCGUGGAGGUUCUGUGUGGACUCAAGAUGAAGCUGAAGAGACAGGGAGUGUCAGUGGUGCGGCCUGAACACCACGAUGUCUUUAACAGACUCCUUGAGGAUCCUGUCAUCAAAAAAUUCCUGGCCUGGGACAAAAGCCUGAGAGUCUCUGACAAGUAUCUCCUGAGCAUGGUCAUUGCUUACUUUAGCCGGGCUGGCCUUUUCUCCUGGCAGUACCAGCGGAUCCAUUUCUUUGUAGCGCUCUACCUGGCCAACGACAUGGAGGAGGACAACCAGACUCCCAAGCGAGCCAUCUUUUCAUUCCUCUAUGGAAAGAACCGCUCCCAGCGCCCAGGGUUCCACAAGCUAAGAUUUCAAUUCAUCAGAUCCAUGCACUGGAAGACCAGAGUCUCCCGGGACGAGUGUGAAGAGAUCCUAGCCUAUGAGCCAGAGCACUGGGUGUGGGCACGAGACCGCACCCUUAUCCCUUUGGACCCAGAGGCUUGA